CUUUUACAUAGCUACGUCUUGAUUAAGUGCAACUUUAAACAAAUUUACCCUUCCCAAAAUUAAUUGGAUUUAAAACCCCAAACCUAUCAAUCUUUGAAAAUUAAUUAAAAAAUAAUAAAGAAAAAAUUUGGACAAUUAAAAAAUAAAAUUUAAGUACACAAAGAAAAACUUUUAAAUUUAUACAAGUUUUAAAAAGUGAUUAAAUAACCAGGAAUAUCGUAAAUUAAAUAUAAUUUGAAAACUACCUUCUAAAUUUUAAAUAGCCGCGCAAAAAUAUAGUGUAAUAACAAAACGCUAAAUAACCUCGUGCUUGGCUGUCAAUCCUUUCAAAAAGAGUCAACGCUAGUCCCUUGCAGUUAGUCGUUCAUCAUUGCUCACGCUUUGUGCUGCACCUCCGUAGAGGAAACAAUUGAAGAAGAGUCGGCAAACGUGCGCGCCAAACUCUUUCAAAAGCAUAUAGAAAAGUAUCUGCAACUGCAAAACCAGGAAGCAGACAAAGAAAAACAAGGCGCUACAAAAGGCAUUCUUAAUUUGCGCGUAUCCUUGUCAUCACAUCAGGGAUUUCAAUCUACUUCAACUUCCUUAACAAUAUUAACCGAUAAGCAGAGGUAUUUAGUCAAAAGAACGACGGGUAUUAUAACUGGUAAUACGAUUGCUACCAACUCUACAACGGCUUCUUUGUGCUCAUUCAAAAUUUCCGCUACAUCGCCUAAAUCUAAACGCAAGACGUCGAAUAAAGACAAGAAAAUGCCGCGACGCAACAAGAAAGGUGGCAAAGGCCGCAACGGUGACUCCAACUCUGAGGACGAGUCCUUCAACGAUAAUGCCAGCGUGUAUUCUUACGUUUCUGAGAAUGCACCCUCAUCCAUAAACGAUAUGGAUGAGCUCUCAUCCAAUGAACGUUACGAGGAAAAAUUCAUGCAAGCGCUCGAAAAUGCCACUGAAAAGUCUGCACAGACACGCACCACAGCUUUGCAGAAUAUCUGUGAAAUUCUCAUGCAUCGCUAUAUGCCCGAUUUCGUAGACGAUCGCAAGGUGACUUUGAUCGAUUGCAUUGAAAAGUCCAUACGACGUGGCAAAGGUGCCGAACAAUCGGGCGCUGCACGUCUAGCACCGUUAGUGGUGCUACAAUUGGGCGGUGAUGUGGAGAUCUCAAAAGAAUUGAACCAGUGUCUGCUGACCACCGUACAAGACAAGGCUGUCUCAUUCGAUGCCCGUGCCAAAUGCUGCACCGCCUUGGGUCUAUUGAAUUUCCUCGGUGGCGAGGAUAUUGGCGAUCUUAUCACUUUAAUGCAAUUUUUCGAAGGCAUUUUCAGCGCCAGCUAUUUGCGUGGUGAUGAAAAAUCGCCAGUAUCGGUGAAUGCCGAGGCAGGCACAUUACACGCCGAAGCACUGUCCGCUUGGGGCUUACUGCUGACACUCAUACCGUCGGGUGACUUUGUCUCACUCAUGACCAAUGGGCAGCCAAUGUUGCCCUCGGUGAAAAAAUUGAUGGGUCUAUUGCAGUCGCCACAUUUGGAUGUGCGCAUAGCAGCUGGUGAGACCUUAGCACUAAUACUCGAGUGUGGUCGCGCACAUGAUAAAGACUUCUUGGAAGAGUAUCUCGGCGAUUUGAUCGAUGCUGUUAAAAAGUUAGCCACUGAUUCACAUAAAUAUCGCGCCAAACGUGAUCGCAAAGCUCAACGCGCUACAUUCCGUGAUGUGCUGCACUAUUUGGAGGAGGAUACAUCACCCGAAAUCAACAUUCGCUUUGGCACUGAGUGCCUGGUUUUGGAUUCCUGGGCCGUACAUCAUCAAUAUUCAGCGCUAUGCACCAUUAUGGGUCCAGGCAUGACAUCACAGUUGCAAGAGAACGAUUUCAUACGCGAGAUCUUUCAACUAGGUCCUAAACUUGUCGAUGAUGGACACGCUAAAACCAAACAAUCCAAACUGGAGCGCCACUUAUUAAACGCCGCCGCCUUCAAGGCACGCACAAUAACGCGUGGCAAAAAUCGCGACAAACGCUGCAGUUAUAAUUACUAGGCACACAGCUAAUUGUUAGAGUAUAGAAAAAGAGAACGCUUAAACUAAGUUAAAAAAGAAAGAAAAACGAAACAUAUUUUGGAGAACACAUACAACUGGCGGCGCGCCGUGUAGCGACCAGAAGUUUGGUUCAACUGUGGCGCAUGCGUAGGAUGACACUUGUGCAGUUUGCUGACCAAUUAGUUGCUGCUCCCAACAUGCAGCAGGCGUAAAAUGUAUGCGCUAAAGCGUCGGCAGCUAGAAAACUUGCAUUUUUCUAACUUGCUGUUGCUUAACGUAUUGUAUUUAACGCUAUUGCGUGCUCUAGCAGCGCUCAUUCCUCAGUUGGUGUACGCAUGCGCGUCACUUUUUGCGCCAUUUGAAUUUCAUUGACGGUCAAACUGACGGACGCUUUGCUGAAUUUUCGUGUACAUUUCAUUUGCGCUCAAGUUUUACCUCCCCCCCAGACCCCCUAUGGAUUUAUUGCAACGAAUUCGUGUACACAAGAUUUAUGCAAAUCUUACAAUUAACUUAAAUUUAUGUAGCAAUUUUAUGAUAUGAAACUGUAUUGAAGUAAACAAAAAACAACAACAACAAGUAAAUAUAACAUACCACUUACAAACAAUAUACAUAUUUACAUACUUAUAAAAUAUAAAACAAAUGCUAGUUGAAAUUUAUUUAGUUUUUAAACAUGUUUACUUACAUACAUACUUAUAUAUAUACAAACAUACGAGCUAUAUUACCACAAACGCUGUACGAACUAUUAUGUUCAAGUUUCGUUCUUAAAUUCCACAAGUGAGAAGCUGUAAAAUUACAAAACAAAAAACAAAACAAAUAUUAAAUACUUUAUUAAUUUUUUAUAUUACAUGCAUAUAUUUUGCUUACAAUAACUUUGGCUUAAUUAUUCUGUUGCUGAAUUAAUUUUAAUCACUGUAACUUCUGAAAUAAAAACGUUAAUGAAAUGACAAACGCAUUGCAAUUCUUCAGAAAUACAUAUGUAUAUAGGUUUAUGUGUAUUAUAUAAGCACAAGUAAGCGCGUUUUGCCUAAAAACAUUUAGAAUUAUAUAAUAUAUUAUGAAACUUACCAAUUACUAAAUAUAUUUAAUGCUAAGCGAAAAGUAGCUGUUAAUUUAUAUUGAAUUUUGGCCAACUGGCGCUGUCAAGCAGUCGGCAGCGAGAAACUGUGUUGAGUUGAUUCAUUUUUGUCAGUUGCCAGUCUUCUGCCAGGCUUUUAUUAAAUUGCUGGAAUAAUAUCAAACGCGUUUGUAAAGUCAAGUUAUUCAAUUUAACACGAUUUUUAAUAACAAUUUUAACCACUCAGCUCAUAUUGUUCAAUAUUUUUUAGAAUUUAAUUUAAUUUUUAAAUAAAAUUUUGUUUUUACUUUAAUUAAUUGGAAAAAAUAAAUAACUCCACUGUUAAAAUGCGAAUUAUUUUGACCUUUAUUAUUGACUAUUUGUAUGCAAAAUGAAUUUUCGUUUUGUUCAAUAUAUUUUAGAAUUCUUCUUAAUCAAAUUUUGUUUUCUUUUUCGCCAAUUAUGCUUCUCUCUCUAUUGAAAAAAUAUUUUUUUUAAGUCCACUGUUAAAAAGUUAAUUAUUUUGACCUUUAUUAUUAUGUAUGUAUGCAAAUUUAAUUUUUGUUCAUAACCUCAAAAAGAUUUCAAAAUUUCGCAAAAACUUAAAAAAAAACACUUAGAUUAAUUUUCUUUAGUGCGCUUGUAAAGGGAUUAGAGUAAACUUAUUACUGAAAAUUUUGUUUGAUUUUCGUUAAUUUUUUUCUUUCUCUACCAAAAAGUUACAAUUUUUGUAAAAUUUCGCUGUUAAAAUCUGAAAUACUUUUAUUUAUUAUUAACUAUUUUAAUUUGCAAACUCGUAACUAUAACAGAGAAUUUAAUAUUUGAUCAUAACCUAAAAAAAUGUCAAAAGUUUGCAUAAAGCUUAAUUUUUUUAUCAUAACCUAAAAAUUGUUACAAAAUAAAGAAUAUGUUAUGAUAUUUUUUUUAAAUGUAAUUUUAUUUUAUUUUUAAAAAAGUCUAAUUUUAUUUUUAGUGUUUAUAACGUUACUGUUAAAUGUUACAGAUUUGACCUUUUAUUUGCGAACUCGUAGCUACAUCAGCAAUUUAAGUUUUUGAUCAUAACACAAAAAAAAAUUGAACAUUAUGCAUAAAAACCAAAUUUUUUUAUUCCAACCUAAAACAAAGUGUCGAAAUUUUGCAAAAAGACUAUUUUUGUUUAUCAUAAAUUAAAAAGUCUAUUUUUCAUAAAAACCAAACUUUUUUUUUGAUUCUAACCUUAAAAAAAAUGUUAAACUUUUGCAAAAAGUCUUUUUUUGUUUAUCGUAGACUGAGAAGUGUUAAAAAUUUUGAAAAAAAAUCGAUUUUUCUUUUGAGUUCUUAUAAAUAUAAAAAGUUGCUGUUAAAAUGUUUAGUAAUUUUGACCUUAAUUUUUUAACACUUUUAUCUGCGAACUGGUACCUACAACAGUAAAUUAACAAUAAACAUUUUUUUGAUUAUAACCUAAAAAAAAUUGAAAACUUUGUAUAUUAUUUUUUUAAAUGAUUUCAAAAGUUUGCAACAAAAGUUAAUGUUUGUUUAUCACAACCUAAAUUUCUUGUAAAGUUGCUGAAAGCAAGCUUAUUACUGUUAAUUUCUAUUGUUAUGCAGCUUUGAAGAAUAUCUCUCAACGCCACUAUAUUCUCAGUAUUGAUCGCAAAUAAUUAAGGUAAUUUUAAUAAAGUCGAAAAAGUGUCUAAAAAUUAACAAAUUUGAAAAUUGUCAACUCUGGUCUAUAACUAGUUUUGUUAAACGCCGCUCUAGCUAUAGUCUUUAAGCAGAUAUAUGUAUAUGCACGAGUCCGAACCGAUGACUUUUGUAGCAUAAACUUUGCUUUGCUGCUUGUAUACAUACAUAUGUAAACUAAACUAAAAGAUAAAGAAACUUGGUAGAAUGAUGGCGCUUAGUGCAAGCUAAAAAUAUUCAAAAAUUAAAAAAAAAAAGUUAUGUGUGGUUUUAGGAUUUGCGUUCUAUUUUUUUAUUCUAGUUUUAACUUCUCUGAACUUUAUUUUUAACUGUUUUGCACUUCUCAGUUAGUUUUAGAAUUUCGAAAUCCAUAUUAAAAGCAAUGAGUACUAUGAAGCAUAUAUAAUUAAUUGUUUAUAACUUGAUUCUAGUCUCGAACUCUUCACUAUUUCACGUUAUCUCUAUCGGAUAAUCCAGAUCUUAUAGAAAUAGCUAGUAAUUUUAGCAGAAAAUAGAUUUUUUAACUAACCAACACGUGACUAACUACUCGCAUACAGUUAGUCUUUUUUUAGUUUCUUUUUCUAUUGUCAAAUCUUGUUUCUUUAUAAAAAUAUUUUUUUUUUCUGAAAUCUAGUUUCUUUAUAAAAAUAUUUUUUUUUUAAAUGUUUUUUUGUAAACUUUUUUUUUUAAUCUGAAAUAUUUUUUUUUAAAUAAAAAUAUUUUAUUUUUUAUUUUGUAAUUUUGUUUUUUGUUUUUGUAAAAUAAAAAUAUAAAUGUUUACUUUUCCUGCCCUGCAAUGGCUGUAAAUUGUCACAGUAACCGAAGUUGCUGGAUUUAUAUAAUGCAACACACACAUUUUUUUACUGAUUAAGUGUAUCCGAAGCAACUAGCAAUAAGCGAGAAAUAAAAAUUACUUAGCUCUUAAGAUAAAAGGUUCAAUUUGAUGUGUUCGUCCUUUGUGACUAUAAUUCCACGCAUAUAGAAUGAGUCAGUUGCAGCACUAUAUUAUAACGUGCUCAUUGUUAGCAUAUUCUUAUUAUUUUUAUUUAAUUUAUAAUUUUUUUUAAUUUUUUAUUUUAAUUUUUUUCAAUUCUAAUUCUUGAAAUGCACAAAAUUUAUUUCAAGUAAACUAUAAUAAAUAAGUAAAUAAUAAAAAAGUCACUAAAGGACCAAAAUAUAUAACGUUGAAAUGUCAAAAUUGAAAUAAUAUAUCGUUCACAGUGGCAUUGUUCUACAUUUACGGCUGUAAAAUUCGUUGAAUAUUUGGCAGCGGGCAUGUUUUGUGAUCUUAAAAAAUUUCACGUAUUUUAAUUAUUAUUAUUUUUUCACAACACCCAUUAUUGCAAUUACUUAAUUGUGACACAUAGCAAUAGUUUAAGUAAAUAUAUUUUAUUUUUGUUGUUUUUUGAAAUAUUCACAUAUUACAAUAGCAUAUAAAUAAAUAUACAAGAUAACUACAUAUAAAUAUAUAAUCAAUAAAUAAAUUAGCAGCCGAAUUAUUUUUUAAUUUAGCUGUUUGUAUAUACAGAGUAUAUUAAACAUAAAUAGUAAACAUUGAAAUAAAAAGUAAAAAAAAACCGCCAUAGGCACCAAAAAAAAUUUAAAUGAAAUUAAACAAGCGUGACUGUAUAGUUUGAAAUAAAGCAAAUUCAAAUAAAAUAAAAAACCAAAACGGGUUAAAGGAGACCGUAA